ACUGCAUCAAAAACCCACACUUUGAAUGACCCCUGAGCGGUUUGUUUUGCUGUCCCGGAGCGGUCACGUGCUGCAGGCGGGCAACGAGGCUUCAGACGUCAUCACUUCCGGCUGCGACCUAAACCACUAUCUGCACGCCACGUCAACGCCCCCUCCACGACGUGACAGUCGACACACGCUUCGAAGCUCGUCUCUUCCUGAAAUAGUCUUCACACGUCGGUAAGAACAGCAUGUCAGGCUCCAGAGUGAUGAGGGCAAUCCGGGUGAGCGAGUUCGGAGAUCCGUCCGUGCUGAAACUUUGCACCGACGUGAAGGUUCCGCAGCCCGGAAGAAGCCAGGUGCUAAUCCGCGUCCGUGCCUGUGGGGUCAAUCCCGUGGACACGUACAUCCGAACGGGGACGCACGUGGAGAAGCCCUCCCUGCCGUACACACCUGGCAGCAACGUAGCUGGACUGGUGGAAAGUGUGGCCGAGGAUGUCACGGCAGUGAAGGUUGGGGAGCGCGUUUUCACCACAUCCACCGUGUCUGGAGCUUAUGCUGAAUUUUCCGUAGCCACGGAAGAGAGCGUCCACAAACUGCCUGACGCUUUAGACUUCCACCAGGGGGCGGCCAUCGGCACCCCGUACUUCACGGCCUACAGAGCUCUGGUUCACAAGGCGCACGUCAAACCUGGAGACACUGUCCUCGUCCAUGGAGCCAGUGGAGGGGUCGGCGUGGCAGCGUGUCAGCUUUCGCGUGCGUUGGGCCUCAAGGUGCUCGGAACGGCGGGUACCGCAGAGGGGAUGCGGCUCGUCGCUGGCAACGGAGCUCACCUGACGUUUAACCACAGAGAGAAGGACUACGUUGGCAAAAUCAUGGAGGCCACGGGAGGGAAGGGCGUGGAUGUGAUUGUGGAGAUGUUGUCUAAUGUCAACCUCCACAAAGAUCUCCAGAUGUUGGCGCUGGGAGGACGUGUGGUGGUGGUGGGCUGCAGAGGCUCCGUAGAAAUCAACCCCAGAGACGCCAUGACCAAAGAGACCAGCAUCAUCGGCGUUUUUCUCCCAUUUUCUACGCCGUCGGAGAGGAAGGAGUGUACGGCGCUUCUCUAUGCUGGCUUGGAAGCUGGUUGGCUGCGUCCAGUCGUCGGUGCCCGGUAUCAACUGGACAAGGCUGCCCAGGCCCAUCAUGACAUCAUCCACUCUCCUGGGGCCACUGGGAAGAUGGUCCUGACCAUGUGAUGAUAACCAGGUCACCUGAUCAUUGGCAAGGGAUUGAAAUGAAUGCCAGUACGUGUACACGUGCCAAGAGAUGCUGGAUUCAAGUGAAAAAACGAUUGCUUUUAAUGUCGGCAUCACAAUUGUACACCAGAUGUCAAAGACCUGUGAUUGUACAUGAAGUAAUGGUACGUGGAAUAAAAGGAAUUGAACCAAAUCAAUUCAACUUGUAGCGUCGCACAGCAUCUGGCGCUCCUGUCAAGUUUUAUUGAUUUUGUGCCAACAGGAGUUCUCAAUACUCGCCGGCUAGCACACUUGUCUCCUCCUUUGCUCGCUUCCCCACAAUAAUAACACUUCCUUCUUAUCCACCAAUCACAGAGAGGUACGUUCAUGGACGUCAGAACUCAGACCAUCAACGUUACGACACUUACGGGUCGUUACACUCAUUUGAGAUCAGCUCAAGUUGACAGUUUAUUGCCCUUGCUGUCAUAAAGUUUAUGUUGAACGCAACAAGGUUUGAAUCCAACAUUUUAAUAGGUCUCUAUUUUGGUGGUUACCAUGGUAACAAAUAUGUCACGUCAGGCUUUCCACAGCAAAGAGACCGACAAAGGGCUAUUUUCCUAGCUGGUUCUCUAUUUUUAUGAUGAAUGAAAAUACUUUUGAGUUGAGUUGUAACAUUUGACACCCCAUUAAAGUAUCAGAAUACUGUAAAAUGGUCUUUAAUGGUGAAACAUACUGGUUUUGUAAACGAGCUAGCACCUUCACGUGUACACGUGACAUCAAGCCUGGGAUCGUCACAUGACCGUCACAUGACAACCACUCCACCAUGUUUCAUAGACUGUACAGGACAGACCAGCACAAAGCUGUAUAGGACACAUUUUUGGACAUUUAGUACAUUUAUGGGUUAAUUCUCCAUUUGUAAUCAUUCCAUGAGUGAAUCCAACACAUUUUUAUCAACAAACACGAGAGUCACGUUUGUGUCUUAGAUGACAUGCGGUGCUACUGCGCAUGCUCCAGAGCGGCUCAGGUAACCUUAGCGACAACACGCGCACACACACACGUACCUAUCCCUAACCCUCAUGCACAGUAUUCUUGAUGAAUGUUGUUAGUGAGUGUUUGCAGCACGGAUUGAGUGAUGUUAUCUCUUCAUCGGGUAAGUUGAUCAUUUUUAUUGAUCAGCUUUUAUAUUGGAAUUGGUAUUGGAUGGUAGUGGAUGGUAUUGGUAUUGGAUGUUAUUGGUAUUGGUAGUGGAUGGUAUUGGUAUUGGAUGGUAGUGGAUGGUAUUGGUAUUGGAUGGUAUUGGUAUUGGUAUUGGAUGGUAUUGGUAUUGGUAUCGGUGCUCAUGGAAUAAAAGUAGUGCAUGAUUGACGACUGAGAGUACUACUCAGCUUAGGUCAAUGAUGACUUGAUGAUACCGUGGAUGUAGAGUAUCAGUGAUAUAUUCAUGUUUCAGCAUUUGGGACCCCAAUUUUGUGGAUGUUUGAUGAAAACAUAAUUUUUCCUGAGGGGGGAACUUAUGUAACUGUAGCACACGGACUAUGCGGCUAUCAAAACACACACUUGCACGCAAAUAUACACACAAAAGAAUACCAUUUUAUAGU